ACUCCAUAAUGGCAGAAGAGAAGCAAAUCACUGAGAUUAAAGACAUUCGUCCGGCUCUAAAGAACAUUAAUUGUGUUUUUAUUUGUCUCGACAUAGGGAAACCAACCCAGACCAAAGAUGGACAUACUGUUCGUUCAUGUCGUUUUGCUGACAAGACAGGCUCUAUUAACGUAUCUAUUUGGGACGAGUUUGGUGAAGCUUUGCAAACCGGUGAUAUAAUUAGAUUUACAAGAGGAUAUGCAGCAGUAUGGAAAGGCAGCUUGACAUUGUAUACAGGGAGAAUAGGCUCAUUGGAAAAGCUAGGAGAUUUCUGCUUAGUGUUUUCUGAGACACCAAAUAUGAGUGACCCUUCAUUGGAUAUUGUAAAGAAAUUUAAGCAGCAACAAGUAAGUGAACAGGGAAGGAAUUCUCCCAAUCAAUCAACCAAUUCAGCAACAUCUCGACCUCAACAUACAACCCAAGAAGUAUCGGGAACCAAUCAUCAUCAACCAAGUAGCACCCAAAGGUUUCACCCUUAUCAAAGAUCAGAAACUAAUACUCAACCAACUGUAACAAAAUCUGAAACAUUACGAGAUCCACGUUUGAGAUCUCGCAGCAUGAAUUCAAAUGGUGAUAACUCAAAAUCUGCCAACACUGGAACAGAGCACAAUACUAGAAAUGUCAUUAAUACCAGUCGAGACCCAAGAACUCGAAGAUGAAAACAUCAAUCAGAUGUUUAGUUUACAAAGUAUUUAUGACAUAGCCAUAUUAAAAAUAUAAUCUAUAGAAAAAUGUGUACAUCGAUCAGUGAGCUUUUGUUAUUUCUAAACAUUAUUUCAUUGAUGUCAGUCAAAAUAGGCUCGAUCUCAUGAUGCAAUACAUUGCAAUACGCUCACUCGUGAGAGAUCUUUUCAAGAUCUAUCUUACGUUUGCAUUUGAUGUAAUGUUUAAAGGCCGACAAUGAGGACUUGACGGGGUUUCAAAGUCCGCGCAAUUAGUUCUAACGGGUUGGCAAACCCGCUGUAACCGGUU